AUGAGCGAGUCCCUGCCAUUCAAAGUAAUCAUUAUCGGCGCUGGCCUUGCAGGCUCGCUCCUUGCCAACGGGUUACUGAACAACGACGUUUCUUUCACAAUCUACGAACGGGAUUCGCCGCACUCCAAACGAGAAGGCUAUCAGAUUCGUCUGGGAGAUUCGGCAAUAAGGGGCUUCAGGGCUUGUUUACCAGAUGAGCUUGCAGAAGCUAUUAUUCAAAAGUUCGGACAAUCAGCAACUUCGGGGCCUACCGCUCCGUGUUUAUACACCACUCAGUUCAAGCCCGUUCUCGAUUUGACCCGCUUGCCCACCUAUUCCAGAUCCUUUGCGAUCAACCGCGUGGUACUACGUAAUUUACUUAUUGAUCCUGUGAUGCGGAGCGGGAAUGUUCGAUAUGAAAAGUCAUUCUCCUCGUAUGAAAUCAUCACAAAUUCAUCUAACGGGGGAGAGAAGGUCAGGGUCUCGUUCACCGACGGCUCAACAGACGAGUGUGAUGUUUUAAUAGGUGCCGACGGGAGUAGUUCGCGAGUCAAUGCUUCGGUAGGAUUGAAAAAUUUGAUUGAGCUUGAUUCGCACUGGGCUUUUCUGUCCAAGGGUAGACUACCCAAGGAUAGGCUGGAUAUGCUCCAUGUACAGCUGCAGAAAGGGCCCAUCCUGAUUUUCGCUAAUGGUCUUUCCUUUUUCUACGCCCUAUACUUACCUAACAAGGAUAACAAAAGCAAACUCGAUGCUAAGGGGAUGGCAUAUGAUGACGCUGAAGCAUCCUUUUACUGGGGCUUGAACGUCCCUAAGUCUCGUGUCACGGAAUACGCAGACUUUGCAGAUAUCCCUGAUCGCCUUCAAUUCUGCCAGGAUAUUAUACAUGACUGGACGCCUGAACUCAAAUCCUUAAUCGGCAUUGGCCAAGGGGACGAUGAUUCGCACGGUAUUCAAGUCACUCCUUUACGUGCGAGCUUCCAGCCGGCAAAGGACUGGAGAGCAUGUCGCCAGAGUACAUCAAACAAGAGCCAACAUGAUGAAGGCCACCCCCGGGUGUGGCUUCUCGGCGACGCAAUCCACGCAAUGCAACCAAACCGAGGCAUGGGAGGCAACCAAGCGAUGCACGAUUGCGCGGAGCUCUUGCCGUAUCUCCUCGAACUAAAUGAUAUUGCUGCAAGCGGCAGGGCUCCCACGACAGAAGAAAUCUCGGUUCGAUGUGUGAAGUAUGAAUCUGAAAUGAUGCAGCGAGCAUUCCGCUGGGUUCGGAAGAGCGGUGGGACUUCAAUUCCAACUAUCGACUUUGAUGGAAUUCUGGGCAAGUUGGUCGUCAUUGUUGAUAUGGUCUUUAUGCCAAUUAUUUCGGUCCUUCUGUCGCUUUUCUGGAGAAAGUCGAACAAUGAGUUGUCCUGGUAA